UUGUGUUACGUGUUACAAACAUUUUUCUCCUGUGCUGUGGAGUGUCUUUUAACUUUGUUCGUGGGGUGUAAUUCCCAUUUUGACGUAAUCACAUCUAUCUUUUCUUUACACUUUGUGCUUAGUGUCUUUGGUCCCGUGUAAGGUCAUAAAUACAUUUUCUUUUAUGUUUUUAAUACUUUCAUACUUUUGUUUUUUUAUGUUGAAUUCUGGAAUCCAUCAGUAAUACGUUUUGUGGAUCUGCGUCUAAUUUUUCCUGGAUGACUAGCUAUUUAUUGACCGUUCUCUUCCCACUGAUUUGAAAUAGCAUGUUUCUUUUUAUUUUUAAAAAGCAUCUAUUAAAAUAAUCAUAUGGCUUUUCUCCUUUUGAUGUGUUAAUCGCUCAGCCUUCCAGUUGCUGAAGCUUAUUUUCCCAGAGUCCAAUGCAACCCGGUGAAUGCUCCCACCUUCCCCAAGUAGGGCCAGAGCUCUACAGAGUACUUUAGGGGAUGCUAGAAAAUGGAAAGCACACCUGGAUUCCCCCUGAGACAGGCCCAAGCGUGUAACCCUCCAGUGGAAAGGCAAUCAGGAAAGAAUGAGAAACAGAAGAAAGGGGUUCUCAGGUCACAGGCUAGAGAUCCCAAUAGUUCCUCUGUCCCCUGCCUAUGGAAUGACGGUCACCCGGGUGCCAUUCCACCAGUGGCUUUGAAUCUUUGGUAUGUAGCCUACGAGAAUGAAAUGAGGGGAGUCCCAAGCUCCUCCCAGCUCCCUGUCCUCAGAUUUGACAUGCAGGGACACAGAUCACUAAAUCACCACUAAAGAUAUUUCAGUGUGCCUUCAAUACACACUUUUUUCAUAUCUUAUAAUGGCAUCAACUAAAUGGAAGUUUCACAUUAUUUUCUUUGUUGAAUAAGCACGAGCUUUUUCUUUUGGACCCUUAGCUGGACCACUGUGACUGCUCUAUUGUUUUAGUCAAACCAGUUAAGGACCAUUUGACAGGAAAGUGAGCCCAGACCAUUGUCAACAAGUUUUUCUUCUGUAAAGAACAAGCAAUUAUCAUCAAGAAAACAUCAGAAUAGAAGUCAUCAGCUUGGGAAACAAAAGCAGAUCUGGAAGAUUACAGUGUACUGGGCCAUAUGGAUAGGGCCAAUCAGGCCAAACCCCAGGGAUUUAAGUGGGUGGCCUUAGAGUCACUGCCCAGCACCAGAAAGCCCUGGGGCUACACCUGCCGAGAGUAUCUGCACAGCUGCAUGAUCAGGUUUUGAAACAUGCAUCCUUUUGACUUCCUGACUGCACUUUGUUUGGGAAUAGUCUCAGCUACUAUAGAGCUUGAUCAAAGUUUAGAUGCACAGUGGAUCCGUUGGAAGGAGACACAUGGAAAACAAUAUGGUGUGGUUGAAGAAUGCAGAAGAGCCGUGUGGCAGAAGAAUAUGAGAAUGAUUAUGCAGCACAAUAGGGAAUACCUUCAAGGGAAACAUAGCUUCUUGAUGGCAAUGAAUGGCUUUGGUGACAUGACCGAUGAAGAAUUCAGGCACAUGAUGAUUGGUCUUAAAAUCCAGAAGAAUGAGAAUGGGACAGUGUUUAAAGUCCCUUUCCCUGCUGGUAUCUCCUUACCUAUGAAUAGGAGACAGACACCUGAUAUUAGUCUUGGUCGGUGUGCUUCUGGCUGGGCUUUUAGUGCAACUGGUGCCAUCGAAGGACAGAUAUUCCGGAAAUACGGCAAACGUGUUUCCUUGAGUGUGCAGAACCUCCUGGACUGCUCUCAGGCUGAAGGCAAUGAGGGCUGCAAUGGUGGUCUAAUGAGUAAUGCCUUCCAGUAUGUUAGGAACAACAGAGGUCUGGACACAGAAGAAUCCUAUCCAUAUGUUGCAAGAGAUGGACCCUGCAAAUACAGGCCUGAGUAUUCUGCUGCCAAUGUCACUGCCUUUCAGACAAUUCCUCGGCGGGAGGAGGCCCUCUUGGUGGCAAUGAAAAACAUGGGAUCCAUCUCUGCUGCUAUAGAUGCAAGCUUGGAUACCUUCCGCUUCUAUAAAGGAGGCAUUUAUUAUGAUCCAAAGUGCAGCAGUGAAGACCUGAAUCACGGUGUUCUGGUGGUUGGCUAUGGCUUUCAAGGAAAAGAAUCCGAUAACCAAAAAUAUUGGUUUGUCAAGAACAGCUGGGGCACUGACUGGGGCAUGGGUGGCUACAUAAAAAUGGCCAGAGACCGGAAUAACAACUGUGGAAUCGCCACCAGGGCCAGCUUUCCUAUCGUGUGAGAUGAUGGUGAUGAAGAAGGCCUUGACUGAUAACAGAAUAUCCAGGAAAUGUAUUUUAUUCUAGAGUUGAUCACAUCUUAUUUUGUGGGGUAAAACACUUGAAUCACUGGAGAUCCAAGUUGUGACGAAUUCUGUUAGUGUUUACGCUGGUGACGAAACUACUUCUUUAAUCCCUGCUCUAAUCAACAGUGUGUGAUUAAGUUGCUUAAUAACUUUUGAAUGUUCAUGUUUUAAUUUUUUAAAAUUUAUUUUUGAAAGAGAGACAGGCAGACAGGGUGUGAGUGGGGGAGACCAGAGAGGGAGACACAGAAUCUCAAGCAGGUUUCGGGCUCUGAGCUGUCAUCCCAGAGCCCAAUGUGGGUCUCGAACCCACAAAUCAUCAGAUCAUGACCUGAACUGAGGUCAGGCACUCAGUGAACUGAGACACCCAGGUGCCCCUGAAUGUUCAUGUUUAAAAGUUGCAUGAAAGUUUUACCUUUUAAAAUAAAAUUUACUUUCAUAUGUUGAGGUGUGCUCUCUUUUUGAUACAUAAACUUCUUUGUA